AUUGAUAGGAGCGAGCAGAGUUACCAACAUAAAGUAAUACCAAAGCGAAUAAUCCCCAAUCAAGCGAAGCCAGAUAACCUCAAAAGUGUUUCGUAAACUUGAAACGUCAACAUCCUCAAAAAAAGAAAUUUAUUAGUCAUCCGACACUCAUAGAUACUCGUCGGCAAAAUUCGGCGAUUUCGACUGAAAUAAUCAUAUAAAAAUAGACCUCUGCGUUUCUAGAAGUUAGACAUUUUGUAACCAGACAUCAAAUACACUCAGCAAAGAUGAGCGUACUGGGUUACAGCGAUAUCAUAAGCGGCCCAUUGGCCCAGUACCUGCAAAUAUCCGCCCAAAUCGGCGGCGACGUGUCCCAGCACUCAGCGCUGGUACGGGACGCCUUCAACGCCCAAUUCCAGUUCGUUCAGCUGGCCAGCGAGUCCUCCCAACCGUCCAACAACGAUCUGAUGAACCUCCUCGGCCCCACCAGCGAGAAAAUCCGCCAGAUACAGGACUACAGGGAGAAGCACCGCACCUCGCCCUAUUUCAACCAUCUAUCGGCGAUCAGCGAGAGCAUCCCCGCCCUGGGAUGGGUCACUAUCAGUCCGGCGCCUUCUCCGUACGUGAAGGAAAUGAACGAUGCAGGACAGUUCUACACCAACAGGGUGCUUAAGGAGUGGAAGGAGAAGGACAAGAAGCACUUCGAUUGGGCCAAGGCCUGGGUGCAAACACUCAGCGAUUUACAGGCCUUCGUUAAACAACAUCACACGACCGGUCUCGUAUGGUCAGGGAAGGGGGCCCCGCCGAAGGGGGGCGCGCCGCCGCCGCCCGGUUGCCCACCUCCACCGCCCGUACUGGACCUGUCCAGUAUGGGGGGAGCUGGGGACGCCGGUUUGGAUCGAUCCGCGCUUUUUGCAGAGAUCAAUCGAGGCGAGAACGUCACCAAGGGCCUGAAAAAGGUCACCAGCGACAUGCAGACGCACAAGAAUCCGACGCUGAGACAGGGACCGGCCCCGUUCAAGACCUCGGCCGCUUCGAGCGUCUCCGCCGGACGACCGGCCCAAGUGGAUAAGCCCCCGAGUUUCGUGCGCGACGGUAAAAAAUGGAUGAUCGAGUACCAGAAAGGCAAUAACAAUCUGUUGGUGGAAAACGCCGAGAUGAAUAACGUGGUGUAUCUGUUCAAAUGCGAGAAUUCCACCGUACAAAUUCGCGGUAAAAUCAAUUCGAUCACGUUGGAUUCCUGUAAAAAGACGUCGGUCGUUUUCGAUUCGCUCGUAUCGUCGAUGGAAUUCAUCAAUUGCCAAUCGGUACAGAUGCAGGUUUUGGGAAAAGUUCCUACGAUUUCUAUCGAUAAGACUGAUGGUUGCCAAAUUUACUUGAGUAGCGAAUCGCUGGACGUGGAUAUAAUCAGUUCGAAGUCAUCGGAAAUGAAUGUUAUGGUGCCGAAAGGCGACGGAGAUUAUACGGAAUUGCCCAUACCGGAGCAGUACAGAACGAAGAUAAAUUCGAAAAAGACCCUUACUACGGAAAUUGUCGAGAACAAAGGCUAGAAUGAUGAAUGAGUACGAGUAUUUUUAAGAUUUACACCUAACAAAUUUUAUAAAUUUUUUUUAUCAGUAUUUUGUUGGUUUUUGCGCGACAGUUGGUUUUAUUGUGAUUAGUUCGUCGCUUUUUAAAUACGUUAAAACGGAAAUAUUAUUUUAUAGGUAAACUUUUUUUUGUUUAUGCGAUAGUUUAGAAUUUACCGAAAGAUUUCGCUUGAAUAAAAUUUGUUAGUAGUAAAUUACGAUAUUUAUUACAUUAGAACUAAUUGAUAUUUAUAGUAAUAACUUAAGCAAUUUCAUACAUUUUUAAUGAUAUACUAAUAUUAAUGGAUAUUUAAGCAAACGUUAGAGUAAAAGAUCGGUUUUUUUACUGUACCAAAAAUAAAGCUGCUCAAGUUUUUAGAAUACUUUACAGCGCUUCCCAUCAAGAGAGAAGAAUAAUACUUCUUUCAUAAUAACCGGAAAUUAUAUUAACUAUUUUAGUCAAGCACGUUUUUAAAUAAUUUUAUAUACAAUCGAUUUUGUGUGGUUUUGAGUGUCAAUAUUUGAAUAAAAUAUUAAUAAGGGGUGUGGACUAUUAAGAUCAAUGCGUUACUUACCUGUUUUAUGCCCUCGCUUAUUAACUUUAUGCUCUGUAUUAUGAAUUAUUAUUAUUCUGCCAUAAAUCGUGCUUUUAAAUAAAAAUCUUAUAAAAUACCUAGUUUAU